AUGUCCCUGGACAGCGCGGGGACCACAGCCCUGUGUCAGGACCCUCCUCCAACACCAGACCAUAGCCCUGUGUCAAGACCCUCCUCCAACACCAGACCUGUGUCAGGACCCUCCAACACCACAGCCCUGUGUCAGGACCCUCCUCCAACACCAAAGCCCUGUGUUAGGACCCUCCUCCAACACCACAGCCCUGUGUCAGGACCCUCCUCCAACACCACAGCCCUGUGUCAGGACCCUCCUCCAACACCACAGCCCUGUGUCAGGACCCUCUUCCAACACCAGACCACAGCCCUGUGUCAGGACCCUCCUCCAACACCAGACCACAGCCCUGUCUGUGUCAGGACCAUCCUCCAACACCAGACCACAGCCCUGUCUGUGUCAGGACCCUCCUCCAACACCAGACCACAGACCUGUCUGUGUCAGGACCCUCCUCCAACACCACAGCCCUGUGUCAGGACCCUCCUCCAACACCAGACCACAGACCUGUCUGUGUCAGGACCCUCCUCCAACACCACAGCCCUGUGUCAGGACCCUCCUCCAACACCAGACCACAGACCUGUCUGUGUCAGGACCCUCCUCCAACACCACAGCCCUGUGUCAGGACCCUCCUCCAACACCAGACCUCAGCCCUGUCUGUGUCAGGACCCUCCUCCAACACCAGACCACAGCCCUGUGUCAGGACCCUCCUCCAACACCAGACCACAGCCCUGUCUGUGUCAGCACCCUCCUCCAACACCACAGCCCUGUGUCAGGACCCUCCUCCAACACCAGACCACAGCCCUGUCUGUGUCAGGGCUAAUGAGUGAAAGCAGGCCUCUAGGGCCAUAA